CUUUGAGGUUAUGGUGAAAUCACCUGUUUGGACUUGUCCGGACGCGCGUUCCUAGAUUUUCCCUAUUUUCCAUCAAAAAUACCGCGGUGAAUGUGCUGAGAAAUGGCAGAACUGAAGGAUGGCGUUCUCUCGGCAACAGCCCAGAAUAUUCAAGAUCUCAUUGCCGGAAACAGUAUGCACCUGAAGGUGGACGCACAGGAGCAACAGGACUACGAUUCGGAGGAUGAAUUCGGCGAACAGUACGAAGAGGCGGCGAGAAAGUGGUCAAAUGCGGACUUUGUGCAGAAGAGCUUCGAUGAGAUUCGCCAGGAGAUGACAGAGAUUGGGAUGGGAAUCUACAAGAAGGUGGUGGUGGAGGGCAGUGGAGAUACCAUUCCUGCCCAGAACGCCAAGGUGACGAUGGUGUAUUCGGUGUUUGCGGAGAAGGAAGCCUUUCCGGUGGAUUCUUCGCUGCUCACCGGGAAGAAUCACUCCUUCGUCACGGGUCACGACACUGGCCUCCUGGUGGGCAUUCAGCACGCCGCGAUGUCCAUGAGGGCGCAGGAGCAGGCACAGUUCAUCAUUCCCUACCGUCAUCUGUACAACGAACACGGCUGUCCGCCGCGCAUUCCCGCCAAAAUGGACGGACUCGUGCUGAUCCGCAUUGUGCAAGUGGAGCCCGAGUGGGUGGAUCCGCGGGCGCAGGAGAGCCAGCCGAAGGACUUCAGCGGUGUGAAGAAGUCCGUGGAGAAGCUGAGCGAGCAAGGACGUGCGGCAAUCGUGAAGCAUCGCUUUUCUUCGGCUCUGCGAUCUUACAACGAAGCCAUCCGGAUUCUGCACAGCGUCAGCCUCGACACCGGCACUGCUGGCAAGGAAGAGGAGCAGGAGAGAAUACGUCUGAUCGUGCGGAUGCUCAUCAACUCUGGCAUCACGUACAACAAGAUGUGUCAGCCGAGCAGCGCUUGCAUGCGCUUCGACGAGGCUCAGAAGCACUUGGCCAGCAUCUCGGCAACACAGAAGGGAAAGCUGCUGCUGCACAAGGCGCGCUCCUUGCGCUCCCUGGGCGAAUACCAGAAGGCCGGCGAGUGCCUCAGCCUAGCGCAAAAGUGCUGCGAUGCGCCGGAAAUAAUACGCGAACUGCGCGAGCUCAACCAGGAUCGCGCCAAUUCCAACAAGGACAUGUGCAACAUGAUGCGGAAGGCCUUCAACAUCCAAGAUACGACGCCGAAGGUGAAAGUUUCCACCGUGAAUCGCAACUUCGAGGCGUGGUUCAGGCAAACGGUGAAGAAAUUCGUGGAGAAUGAAAAGCUGACGAAGCAAAUGAUCUCUUUUGACAUCACGAAGGAUCAGAGGAAGAUCAUUGACGAUGUGCUGGCCAAAGAGAACGGCGUGGCGCUUCACGCGCAACCCUCAGAGAACACCACCAGAUACUGCCUGGCCAAGGAAGUCAGUCAGGAGUGAAAUUCCUUGAUCAAAAAGUCUUGCAUGACGAAAAUUGGACGAUUUUGUAUCUUUGACUCAUUAAUAUCAUUGCUAAUCUCAAGGGGAAGAUAAUGUGGCCAGAAGUGGUGUAAAG